UAGGUUGAGCGGGUCCUUUUAAUGUACAAGAAACCUCAUACUCUUGUUCAGAUCUUUGCGAGGGGGAGAUAUAGUGGUGCAAACCGUGCCAUAAUAUGUAUCACGAAGGGAUGGGUGGUAAAUUCCAAGGCUGCCUCCGUGAGCUACCUAGGUAGCACCCAUUAUGCUUCCUGUAGCCGUCCCAUAUAUAUUCCUACAUCUCCAGUUAUUUGGGAUUGCAAAACUCUCCCUCACCUCUUAUCACUCUUCUUACGUCGCCGUUCUGUUACCCCACAUCCUGUCCAACAGCGCCCCAGUUUCUCCACUCAAUUCAUCCCACGGGUUGACCCUGUAUAUGUGUGUUAUCUGCGUUGCUGGUUUGCGUGAACGCCGAUAUGGUGAUCACCAUGUGGUUGGAAAGUCCCGAGGGCAGCCUUUGGUACUCGAGUGUGUUACAGUAGCGAUUUAUCUCACCACCACUCAGUACCAUGAAUCUGUCUAUUUCAUGUUCUUCCUCGGUCGGCUACUCCGGCAAGGGCCAAUGCACAGCGCAGAUCACCCCAAGAGACUCACGCGGCUGCCGACGGAAUUAGUAUAUCCGGAUGCUCAGAAGCGCGAAUUACCUAUGGAAAGCAGUACAUAUUCCUUCUAAACAGAUAUUUACUAGGAGUACUAGUACUGCAGAAUUGUUGGUGCGCAGAUAGGUUUAGUAUUGUACCGGCUACAUGGAAUUCGUUGUCAUAGAGGUAACCAUCGCAACGUCCCGCGAAUGCUACGUGUCCCACAGGACCCCGCAGGACAAGUAUGCAAGUGUCAUAAUGUUUUUGACAGGGGUGCAGGAAAGAUGGCGGCCCGAGU